AUGAGGGACCCCAAUCUCAACAUGGAACAAAACAAUGGAAUAAAACCGCAGGCGGGCAGUGCUCAAGCUGAACCGCGAAGAAACCCCAGCAAGACCGUCCGCGUUGCUUUCGGUCCAGAUCUAGAAACUCAUAUCCCGCCACGCGAAAGAUCACCAGCCCCGACACAUCAUAGAUCCUUCACCACCUUCGAACAGAAGCAACCCCCUGUAUCUACUCCAGGUAGACCGACCAGUUCCGGGGGCGAAGGGGGUGGUGUCGUUUCAGACGCCAACGCCCGGUUACCGUCUCCCCGCCCGGCCGAACCUGCACGGCCUGCUGCACUUAAGAGAACCAAGAGUGACUACGGGCCUAGAGCCGAGUUUGAUAGAGCGCUUGCGGGUGAGGAGGAAGAGGAUUUCGCCAUGAGGCAUGGGUGGCAGGAAGAGUAUACUUCGAGCGAGUAUCUCAAGAUCCUGCAUUCGAAUUUUUACAUGUACUUUACAGAGAAGCGCCAUGACACAAACGGUAUCCCCAGGGACCCAGUAGGAAGCUGGCCCAGUCAGGAUUGGCGUAUGAAGGACCGCCUCAAAACAGUUUCGGCAGCAUUGGCAAUCUGUCUGAAUAUCGGUGUCGACCCCCCUGAUGUUGUCAAGACAAAUCCAACAGCAAAGUUCGAAUGUUGGGUUGACCCAACAUCAACUACCGGUGGUGGCCAGAACAAGAUAAUGGAGCAGAUUGGGAAAAAGCUCCAGGAACAAUAUGAGACCCUGAGCUUACGGACUCGAUACAAGCAGUAUCUUGACCCGUCUGUAGACGAAACAAAGAAGUUUUGUAUAUCGCUACGUCGCAACGCUAAAGACGAGAGAGUGCUCUUCCACUAUAACGGUCACGGUGUUCCGCUACCAACUCAGUCCGGCGAGAUCUGGGUUUUUAACAAAAACUACACCCAAUAUAUCCCGGUGUCGUUGUAUGACCUACAAUCAUGGCUUGCAGGCCCCAGUCUUUUCGUUUUCGACGUCUCCCAUGCAGGGAAUAUCGUUCAAAACUUCCAUACUUUUGUCGAUAAGCACGAAAAGGAAAACCUGGAGGCCAAAAAGCGUGACCCCAAUGCUCUCGUCCAAAGCUAUGGAGAUUGCAUACUUCUCGCCGCCUGUCAAAAGGCAGAAUCCCUCCCGACUAAUCCCGACUUACCCGCAGAUCUCUUCACUUGUUGUCUAACUACACCAAUCGAAAUAGCAUUGCGGUUCUUCAUCCUUCAGAACCCUCUCCGUACGAAUAUUUCUAUCGAUGACUUCAGGGUACCAGGUCGCUUGCAGGAUCGAAGAAGCCCUCUUGGAGAGCUGAAUUGGAUCUUUACCGCAAUUACUGAUACGAUUGCGUGGAAUACUUUGCCACGGGCUCUUUUCAAGAAGCUUUUCCGACAAGACCUUAUGGUUGCAGCUCUUUUCAGGAAUUUCUUGCUCAGCGAGCGGAUUAUGCGCACAUAUAAAUGCCACCCUAUCUCCUCUCCUGAGCUCCCAGAGACUCACCACCACCCGUUAUGGAAGAGCUGGGAUCUGGCAGUUGAGAUGGUCUUAUCCCAGCUUCCCGCCCUUAUAGACCACGAGGAAGGCCGCAGGCAAUACGAGUAUCAGCAUUCUACCUUCUUUGCUGAGCAACUUACUGCUUUUGAGGUUUAUCUGUCGUCUGGCCCAACAGAAAAGAAUCCUCCUGACCAACUGCCAAUAGUCUUGCAGGUUCUUCUGAGUCAGGCACAUAGACUAAGAGCGUUGAUUUUGCUGAGUAAAUUCCUAGACCUGGGACCUUGGGCAGUUCAUCUUGCUUUGAGUAUUGGUAUAUUCCCCUACGUCGUCAAACUUUUGCAAUCUGCGGCCCAAGAGUUGAAACCUGUCAUGGUUUUCAUUUGGGCAAGAAUCAUGGCGGUUGAUCAUACCGUACAAAAUGAUCUCUUGAAAGAUAAUGGUAUCCAUUAUUUCAUCUCGAUUCUCAACCCAUCUUCGCCAAUACCAGUGGGGAACGCCAGUGAGCACCGAGCUAUGUGCGCCUUUAUCGUUUCGAUAUUCUGCAAGAAUUAUCCCCAAGGCCAGAACGUCUGUCUCUCUGGGGAACUAUUCGAUUCUUGCCUGAGACACCUGACGGAUGUCGAAAAUCCUCUUUUGCGGCAAUGGUCGUGUCUCUGCUUGAGUAUGCUCUGGUCUGAUUUCCCUGAGGCAAAGUGGAUGGGAAUCCGAUGUGCUGCGCCGGCGAGACUCUGCGAACUCAACUUUGAUCCUGUCCCAGAAGUCCGCGCCGCCAUGCUGCACGCCGUGACUACAUUCCUAGGUAUCCCUGACUUGACUGAUCAGGUUGCACAGAUUGAGGAAACUCUGGCUCUGGCAAUGCUGCCAAUCUCUUCGGAUGGCAGUGUCCUUGUGAGAAAAGAGCUCAUUGUCUUCUUUUCCACUUUCGUAAAACGCUACCAGAACAAGUUCAUUGUCGCAGCGUAUGAAGAACUCCAGGAGGAAAAGCAAACCCUCCUUAUCAGGGUGGAAAAUCAGUCGCCUCGAAGUAUAACCCGUGAAGAGGGGAAUAAGAGUGACAAAGCGCAAUUGUUGUCUCGCAAUACUGCGUUUGGCACAAUUUGGAAGCAGCUUCUUAUUCUUUCUGUUGAUCCACACCCCGAUAUCGCACGCGAUGCAAGUGCGAUUGUUGACUUCAUUCAUUUCACCCUGUUGCAAUCCCCCAUGGCCUCCAUCACUGACAAACUCCGGGGUGAGAUCAUGGAUCUCUCAAACCGCGUGUCCCCCAAGUUGCAGGUUCGCGAGAGACCCGAGUUAAAAAAGACAGCACCCCCGCCUACCCCUCCCUCCCUGGCGCCUCCAAAACAAGAAGGUUACCUCUCCCUGAGUAUAAAGCGCACAGCUAGUGUCGCUGCCUCUCUUAAGAAUCUCGCCUUUGGCGGUGCCGCCCCUGGCGAGCAGUCGAACCCCCCGACAUCGCCCUCGAAGAACCGGAUGCCCGUCACUCCCCGAGGACGAGCUCCCCCAGAAUGGACCCGACCGCCAGAGGUCAACGAUCAGGUUGCUCCCGCAGCAGCAUACCACCAGGCCCCAACACCCACAUCCCGAGGAUUUGAACCCAGAGACGCAUCAAUGGUCCCAACAAUACCCUUGAUAAGCCGAUUCCUGGACUGGUCAACAGAGGUAAUCCCAGAAUCUCUUCAUUUAAUCUGCGUGACGUAUGACGAACAGUUUGAACAAUUUCUCACCCUUGUUCAGUAUUUCCGGGAACCCCAGAUGAAACCCAACGAACCCGAUGAGCCCGGUAGCUCGGACUACAACGAACGCCUCUGGAGACGAAGCCGCAAUGAAAAGAUAAUCUCUGAUACCCAACCCCUUAAAGGUAAAGCAGGCACUAGUCGAUGGGAUAACUCGACGGCACUCCUUUCGAAUAGUAGUCAACCUAUGAAGAUGUGCUUCCAUCAGUUUGAGGAUCACAUUGCCGUUGCAGACGACAAGGAUACAAUUGCAAUCUGGGACUGGCAGAGUCAUAAACGUCUCAAUCGCUUUUCCAACGGAAAUCCGGCAGGCUCGAAAAUCAACGAAGUUCGCUAUAUUAAUGAGGAUGAUCAGGCCCUCUUGAUGACAGGAUCGUCAGAUGGUGUUCUCAAGGUCUUCAGGAACUAUGAGUCUACCAAGAAUGUUGAAGUUGUGACAGCUUUCCGAGCUCUGCCAGAGCUUAUCCCCAGUAAUAAAAAUGCAGGGCUAGUUCUUGACUGGCAACAAGGGCAAGGUAAAGCCUUGGUUGCAGGUGAUGUCAAGGUCAUCAGGGUAUGGAACGCAGCCACUGAAGUGUGCACCAAUGAUAUCCCUGCACGUUCAGGCUCCUGCAUCACUUCAUUGACCUCAGAUCAGGUCGCUGGCAAUAUUUUCGUGGCAGGAUUUGGUGAUGGUGCCGUCCGUGUCUUUGAUCAACGUCUCAAGCCCACCACCUCCAUGGUCAAGGUUUGGCGUGAGCAUAAACAGUGGAUUACAAAUGUCCACAUGCAACGCGGUGGUUUGAGAGAACUUGUCUCUGGCAGCCGGAAUGGAGAGAUCAGGCUAUGGGAUCUUAGGAUGAACGACCCGAUUUCGACGACUUAUGCCACCAGGGAUACCCUUCGCACAUUGAGUGUCCACGAGCAUGCUCCGGUCUUCAUGGUGGGUACAAACCGUCACGAGGUCAAGACGUUCAACGUUGAUGGCAGUUACCUGUCUACCUUUGAGCCCUACUCGAGCUUCCUCAACCAUAACCGCUCUUCACCAAUUGCGAGCACCGCAUUCCACCCGCAUAAGACAUUGCUCGCCUGUUCUGCGCUUAAUGAUAAUCACAUCAAUCUCGUCAAUUGUUAG